GUGUUCAUUAUGGAUGAAAAGCGAUUCGAUUUAUUUCCGCACUGGAAUGCUGUCAUACCAAAGGUGUGAGGACUUUGGGAAAAGUUUUACGCAUAGCAGCAGUCGAGGACCUCAGGUCUGCGGGUCCAGGUUGAGACAGUGAGAAUGGCUUUCACAGACACAGCCAUAAUUCUCAUUGUCAUAGCAGUCCUAGGAACGCUAACCAGAUGUCAGGGGAGCCUGGUUAAAGACAACUCUCUGCUGAGGUUCACCCAUCAUUUGUAUAAUGCCAGCAUUUAUGAGAACUCUGCCCCCCGGACCUAUACGGAGAGCCCGGUCCGAAUGGGCAUCAUAUUAUCUGAUCCCUUCUGGGACGUUAAGUACAAGAUUGUCUCUGGAGAUGACGAUGGCCUUUUCAAAGCCGAGGAGGUAACCGUAGGAGAUUUCUGCUUUCUGAGAAUCAAAACCCGAAGCAGUUACUCAGCUGUGCUGAACAGAGAGGUACGAAACAUUUACACUCUCACCGUCGAGGCUACCGAAAGCACCUAUGACAACCGAGCUAGAACAAAGGUAUCGAUCCAAGUGCUUGACACAAAUGAUCUGAAACCACUCUUCUACCCUGCCUCUUAUCAUGCACUAAUCAAAGAAGACACACCAAUCAAGUCGAGUCUGGUGAGAGUGAGUGCAACGGAUGCUGAUAUUGGCAGCAACGCAGAAUUUUAUUACUCAUUCACCACUAGAUCACACCCCUUUGCCGUUGAUCCUUUCACAGGGACCGUUACACUUAUCAAGACGCUUGACGCCAGUCAGAGAGACAGGUAUGAGCUGACUGUGCUGGCAGAGGACAGGACAAAGAAAAUCUCUGGCGUGCAGAAGUUUGGAAAUGUUGCAAAGGUUGUUGUGGCCAUACAAACUGUGACAGAAAACUUUACCCUCGUCACACCCACCAGUGCAGCGACUCCACAGAUGGAUGACGACAAAAUAAGUGUGAACAUCAAAACGGAACCCAAGGAAAAGGAGAAAGUGGCAUCUUUAAGUAUAGUUGAAGGGGAUCCGCUGAAGUGCUUUCAGAUUAUUCCAUCGACGUUGCAUGAUGGUGGCUUUCAAUUGGUCUCAACAAAAUGGAUUGAUUGGUCGCAAAACCCAUUUGGACUAAACAUUUCCCUGCAAGCCAAAGACAGAAGAAACCCUCCUUUGCUAACGCCGAUAAAAACCGUGCAUAUACCUCCUCCUCCUCAAGUUAAACCUUUGGCAUUCGAUCAAGAACUCUAUUACGUCACUCUCAGUGAAUUUUCUCCACCGAAAAGUCACGUAGUUCGAGUAUCUGUAGGUUUGAGUUUCAAAAAUAUAACCUACAGCAUCAAAGAAAACCUGGAUAGCUAUAAAUUCAAAAUCGGUGCCAAAACUGGUGUGAUAAUGACUUCUCAGACUCUUGACUUUGAAAAGCACUCUCACUAUGAGUUUGAUGUCACCGCAAAUGAUGGAGAAGCGUUUACCCGUGUCGUUGUGGAUAUAAUUGAUGAAAACGAUAAUGCCCCCAGGUUCACGUUGCCCUCAUACCAGGCUUCUCUGCCUGAAAACGUCCCGAUCGGAACAAGCAUCUUGGCUGUCUCUGCUAUUGAUGUGGACAAAGAUAACAAUGGUUUUGUAACAUACUCCGUAGCAAACACAAGUCCAGUUCCUUUCAAUAUAGACCCACUGACCGGUGUGAUUUCGACCUCUCAGGAGUUUGAUUAUGAGCUUAUGAAGAGAUGGUACCACCUGAGAAUCUGGGCGUCUGAUAGCGGAAGCCCUUUCAACAGAGUAAGCGAAUGCUCCGCAACCAUCACCAUGACCAACGUCAACGACAAUGUUCCAGUGUUUGAGCGGGUAGCAUGCAAUGCCUCCAUACCCCGAGACUUUGCUGUGGGGGAGAGUAUUGCAGAGAUGUCAGCACUCGAUCUGGAUGAGCUGCAGCAGAUCAUAUACAGGAUAGAGUCUGGGAAUGAUGACGAACUGUUUACAAUUAACAACGUUUCUGGCUCCAUUAAACUUGCUAGGGCAAUUCCCUCAAAGUACGAAGGCACAGAAAAUCCUUUUUAUAUACUUAAAAUCACAGCAACAGAUGGCAAAUAUAGUGCUGACCCCAACACCGUGACUGUGCGUAUCACAAACAAGGGCGAAGUCGCCACCACACAUUGCGAGGAGACCGGAAUUACAAGGCAGUUGACAGAGAAGCUUAUUGAGUCAUUUAAGCCGUCUCUCAACGCCAAAGAAGAAGAGUAUAUCUCAGACGUUCAUAUAAUUAACCUGCACUCUCCAAAGUUUAUCGCAGGCACACCAAGCUCAAUCGACAUCAGGGAAGACUUUGCUCUUGAUAGAUCUGUGUUGCAGUUUAAUGCCACUGACAAUGACUCUGGCUUUAACGGAAAGCUUGUCUAUGCAAUUUCCAGUGGAAAUGAGGAUGGAUGUUUUACUAUUGACAUGAACACAGGUGAACUGCAGGUAAUCAGUGCUUUGGAUAGAGAGCAAAAAGAGUUUUACAUUCUCAACAUAACCGUGUAUGAUCUGGGAUCUCCACAAGCCUCUACAUGGAAGCUGCUUGCUGUUAACGUUCUUGAUGCAAAUGAUAAUCCUCCGUUAUUUUCUCAGCCAAGAUAUGUUGUGAACAUCGCAGAAAACACAGAGGUUGACAAAAGCAUAUUCAAAGUCAAUGCAGUCGAUUUUGACUCUGAAGACAAUGGAGCAUUUACAUUUUCAUUGCUAACCUUCACCGAUUUGUUCAAGAUUGAUGAAGUCACAGGGGUGGUGAAGGUAACUGGGCCUUUAGACAGAGAGACCUUUAGCAGAUACGACAUAACAAUUGAGGCCCGAGAUCAAGCCAAACUGGACCCACAGCUUUUCUCAUUUACAGAUCUGGUGGUUGUACUGGAGGACAUCAAUGACAAUCCUCCAAAGUUUGUACCUACAAUCUACAGGAUCAAAGUUCCUGAGGAUGUUCCUCCAGGCACAGUGCUGUUGUGGGUCGAAAGCUUUGAUUUAGAUCUGGAGAGCGGAGGUCUCAUAAGCUACAACCUAAAGAACAGUGAAGCAGGGACGUUUUUCUUGGAUACAUCCACAGGGUGCUUGACUCUGGAGCGUGAACUGGACUAUGAGAAGCAGCAGUCGUAUAAUCUAACAGUUCGAGCUGUAGACCACGGAAAGCCCCGGUCUUUAUCAUCUUCAUGCUUCAUUGAGGUUGAAGUGUUAGAUGUAAACGAAAACCUGAACCGGCCCCUCUUUACCCAGUUUGUGCAUAACGCAGCCAUUAUGGAGGAUGCUACAGUAGGAACCUCAGUAUUGACACUAACCGCUGUAGAUAACGACCUGGGACGAGAUGGAGUAGUCAGAUAUUACAUCCAUGAUGGCUCAGGGCUUGGCGUCUUCACAAUUGAUGAAGAAACAGGUGUUAUUCGGACCACAGGCCUUCUGGAUCGUGAAGCCGUGCCACACUAUUGGCUGACAGUUUGUGCAAAAGAUCUGGGCACUGUACCACUGGUAUCCUGGACCGAGGUCUACAUUGAAGUUUGGGAUAUUAAUGACAAUCCCCCUGAGCUGUCCCAGCCUGUCUACUUUGGCUCAGUGCAAGAGAAUUUGCCAAAGGGCAAAUCUGUGCUAAAAGUAUCUGCCACAGACAUAGACAAGUCCUCUGAGGGGAAGCUCACUUUCCAGAUCCUAGAUUCUCAACGUGUAUAUUUCACCAUUGACGCAAAAACAGGUGUGAUCAGCACCCUUGCUCCCUUGGACCGGGAACAAAAAGCAGAGCAUAUCAUUGAGGUCAUGGUUUCAGAUAAAGGGGCCCCUCCAUUAAGCUCGACUGCAACCGUAGUCAUUGAAGUCCUGGAUGAGAAUGAUAAUAGCCCUCAGUUCAGCCAUAAGCUUUUCCAGGUAAAACUCCCUGAGCGGCAGAGCACGGCUGAGCCUCAGGAGAUCUACAGGAUGGUGGCUCGUGAUGACGAUGUGGGGCCCAACGGCAUGAUCAAGUACAGUCUGGAAGACAGCAGUGAGGAUCAGUUUGAUAUUCAUCCUGAGACCGGGGUGGUGACGGCUAGAGGAGAGUAUGUCCGGGGCAACUACAGUAUUCUGACGAUUCAAGCAACAGACCAAGGCAACCCUCCAAGAAUGUCUAAGGCCCGUUUGCAUGUUGAAUGGCUGCCCCAACCUGAGCCCAGCUCCGAUGUGCUGGCUUUUGAUGAGCCCCCCUUUAACUAUGUGGUGAUGGAGACCGAUCCUGUCACUGACAUGGUGGGAAUCAUCCGAACGGAGAUCCCGCAGAACCUUCUAUUGUUUGACAUUAUCGGUGGUGAUGAAAAGCAGGACUUCUACAUUGAGAAGAACACAGGGAGCAUUGUGAAAGCUAGACGGCUGGAUGCAGGCAGAACAUCUCAUUACAACUUAACAGUCAGAGUCUCAGAUGGAUUUCAGGCCAUAACCACUCAGGCCUACAUUCAAGUAGUGGAUAUAAAUGAGCAUCGGCCCAUGUUCUUGAAGAGCCUCUAUGAGGUGAGAGUGCCAGAGGACACAUCUCCAUGGAAGGAGAUCCUUCACAUCAGUGCCCACGAUGCAGAUGCCAACAGUGGACUCUAUUACUCCAUCCACAGCAGCCUUAACCCAGACAGCCUCAAGUACUUUCACCUGGACCAAAGGAGCGGUGUGCUUGUCAUGAAAGAGGAGCUAGACUACGAGACCAUCUCCACUCAUACUCUGAUUGUGAUGGUACGAGAUGAGAAGAUCCCAAUAAAAAAGAACUUUGCAAAGGUUGUUGUGCAUGUAGAAGACUGUAAUGACCACAACCCAUCUUUUCUGAGUACUCAUUAUGAGGGCACCAUAAGUAAUAUGGCACUCACUGGCACGGAAGUGCUACGAGUCAAAGCCCUCGAUAAGGAUACAGGGAGCAAUGCGGAUAUUGUUUAUUCCUUUCACUCUGGUGGGAAUGUAGAUGGUGCCUUUGAAAUCGACCAGGAGACAGGAAGCAUUCGUGUGUCUGAUGCAUUAGACAAACUUCCGCAGGAGCAGUAUCACCUCACAGUAAAAGCCACAGAUCAGGGCUUUCCCCAGCGCAGUGCCCUUUGCCCCGUUACCAUCACCGUAAAGCUGUCUGAAUUCACACCACCCAGGUUCUCCUCCGAAGAAUACAUCACUGAGAUAAGUGAGGCUGUGCCUCCUGGCUCCCCUGCACUGUCUGUCUCCGCCAGCUGCCCGUCUUCAGUGCUGUACAGGAUCAAUGACGGCGACCCCAAUGGGACGUUCCACAUCAACAUAAAUUCUGGACUCUUGUCUGUCGGAAACGCACUCGAUUUUGAGCAACACCCUUCCUACCGUUUGACAAUAAGAGCUACAAAUACAGUGGGAGUCUCAUCUGAUGCAGUGGUUUACAUUUAUGUGAUCGAUAAAAAUGACAACGCCCCUGUUUUCCAUCAGGACACAUAUUAUGGGCAAAUUAGUGAGUCUGCGCCCAUCAACAGCAUGGUAACUGGGGAGAACAACACGCCGUUAGUGAUUAAGGCAUCAGAUGCCGACAAAGACACAAACGCUCUUCUGAUCUUCCAAAUCCUUGAGCCUGCUGCUCAGAAAGUGUUUCAAAUAGACCCAAGCAUGGGUACCAUCUUCUUAAAGUCUGCAGUUGACUUUGAGGCAACACCUGAAUUUUUCUUCAGCGUUCAGGUGUGGGAUUCUGGUGAGCCAUCGCUAAGUGCUUCCAAGCCAUGCAGAGUAAACAUUCGUGUCCUGGACAUUAAUGAUUGUCCUCCCAAAUUUGCUUUACCUGUAUAUGAAACUGCCCUCACCUUACCAGUUUUUGAAGACAUGGAUGUGAUUCAAGUGACAGCUCAUGAUGCAGAUUCAGCAGUCACCUACAUGAUUUCAGAGAGCACUAUUAAAAAUGCUUUUAAAAUAGACCAGUCCACUGGCAACAUCUCGGUGAAUGAUUCGUCUGAACUAGAGUCCCAUUAUGAGUUAAAGAUCACUGCCUCAGAUGGGUUAUAUAAAGACACUACCCUAGUGAGAUUAAAUAUCACCAAUGCAACAAAGACUAGUCUGAAUUUCGAUGACAGGAUGCAUGUAGCCACCGUACUGGAGAACAGUACGUCUAUUAAAAUUUUAGCUGUUCUGAGAGCAACAGGUAUCUACCUGAACGAGCCCUUGCAGUACACCGUCUUGAACCCACAUGGGAAGUUUGCAGCGAUUCCAUCGUCUGGAAUCCUGCAGACCACCGGCGUUCCGUUUGACCGGGAGGAACGGAAUGAGUACGAUGUCGCUGUGGAGGUCCGAGACAUGAGGCAUCCUCCACGUGUGGAUGUCACUCAUGUUAAGGUCUAUAUAGAUGAUAUCAAUGACAAUGCCCCAGAAAUAUCAAAUUUGCCUCAUUCGCUGAUGAUAUCGGAUGAAACCGAACCAGGGGAUGUUCUCUUUCAAGUGCUAGCAACCGACAAUGACUCCGGUGAAAAUGGAUCCAUACUAUUUUCACUGGAGGAUGAUUUCAGUCUCUUCAGAAUCGAUCGUUAUCUUGGAGAUGUGUCGUUACUAAGACCUUUAGAUUUUGAGUCUGUGAAUAAAUAUGUUCUCACUGUACUGGCGUCAGAUGAGGGUGAGCCGAGCCUGUCAGCCGCCGGGACGCUGUACGUCCAAGUGCAAAAUCGUUCUCAUCCGAUAUUUCAAAGCCUGUACUACCCAUUGAAAUUACCUGAGAAUAUUAAGCCAUUUACAACGAUCCUGCAUGUGCAAGCAAGAAAUCCUGAAGGAUACCGCCUUAUCUACAAUCUAGAGGAAGACAACGCCUCCAGGUUCUUUAACAUCGAUUUUAAAACAGGGGUCUUAAGUGUCACUGAUUUCCUAGACUUUGAGACUCAAACAAAGCAUAUUUUGACUGUUCGUGCCACGGAUUCGGUGACUGGCACCUUUACCGAAGCCAAAGUAGAGAUUGAUGUGGAAGAUAUAAACGACAAUGCCCCUGUCUUUCAGAGUCUGUCUUAUGUUACAGAUAUGUCUGAAGGCCUUCCAAUAGGCACAUCUGUUUUACAAGUCUCGGCUGUUGAUAGAGAUUCAGGCAGGAAUUCAGAUAUGACUUACCAGCUGGUUGACAAAGAAAAUGAUUUUUUUGAAAUCGACCCACUAAGUGGAAUUUUGGCGACAUCGCAAGUAUUGGACUAUGAAACCUCGCAACAGUUCACUCUGAAAGUUAAAGCCACAGAUAAAGGCACACCACCUCUCAGCGAUGAGGCUCAAAUCAUCGUGAACGUCAUAGAUGUUAAUGAUAACCCUCCAGAUUUUAGCGAGCCAUCUUAUCGGGCCUCUCUUGAUGAAAAGGCCACUUGUGGCCACAUCGUUAUCAAAGUUCAGGCUUCAGACCCCGAUAGUAAGGAUGACCUCCAAUAUAAGAUCCUGUCAGGCAAUGAAGGGAGAUAUUUCUCUAUUAAUGAAUCAUCCGGACUUAUCUCGUUCUCGAAUGUGUGCAAAAGAAACCUGGAUCCGUUUUAUAACCUCACCGUUGCGGUUUCCGAUGGUGUGUUUCAGAAGACUGCCCCUGUUAACAUUGACAUGACAAACGGCAACAAGCACAGCCCCUAUUUUAGCCAGAACAUUUACGAAGCAGAUCUGGCAGAGAAUGCAGAAGUGGGAACUCGUGUGAUCCGAUUGGCUGCUAUUGACCCGGACGAUGGUCCAUACGGCAGUGUUGAUUACACCAUCAUUAACAAGCUUGCCGAUGAGAAGUUCUCUAUCGAUGAAGAUGGACAAAUUGUGACUUCUCAGUCUUUGGACCGAGAAAAUCCAUCGCAACGCGUGAUCGCGAUUAAGGUCAUGGCUAAGGACGGAGGAGGAAGAGUGGGGUUUUGUACUGUAAAGAUUAUUCUAACAGAUGAAAACGAUAACGCCCCUCAGUUUAAAGCCUCAGAGUAUCAGAUUUCCAUUCAAUCCACAGUGAACAAAGGCUCACCGGUUAUACAGAUAAUGGCUUAUGACGCAGAUGAAGGUAAAAAUGCUGACGUCACUUACACAGUAGAAGAGGCGGAAGAGGUUACAGAAGAUAUUAUUGAGGUCAACCCUUUUACCGGAGUGGUCAGCGUCAAAGAGAGUCUGGUUGGUUCGGAGAAUAAGAUUUUCAGCUUCAAAGUUAAGGCCAGAGAUGGAGGCAUACCUUUUUACAACUCCUCUGUGCCAGUACAGGUCAAAGUGGUCCCACCGGAGGUCACUCUGCCCCAGUUUACAGAGCCAUUGUACUCGUUCUCAGCAUCUGAGGACCUCCCUAUCGGAUAUGAGAUAGGGACAGUCAAGGCAGACGCUGACAUGCCACUGAUAUACAGCUUGGUGAAUGGCAACACUAUAGACAGCAACAAAGAACAUGAUUUUGCUGUCGACAAAGACAGCGGUACUCUUGUUAUGCAGAAGAACAUUGACCACGAAAAAACCAAGGUGUACAAGAUCGAUGUGAUCGCUCAAGGAAGUCACAAUGGCACCGAUGUAGCAUCUCUUGUAUCUGUUCACAUAGAGGUUCAAGAUGUUAAUGACAAUCAACCUAUGUUUGAGGCUGACCCCUACGAGGCCUUCCUGGCUGAGAAUUUGCCCCCUGGCACCACGGUCAUUCAAGUGACAGCUAAUGAUGUAGAUACAAACGUCAAUGGAGAAGUCUCAUAUACACUUGUGCCGGAGUCAGAUGAUAUUGGCGACAUGUUUACCAUGGAUUCGCAAACUGGCUGGAUUAUUACCUUAAAGAGGGCUGAUUCUGAGACCAAACAGCUUUAUAGGUUCUAUGUGGUGGCCACUGAUCAUGGCGACGCUGUCAAACUAUCCUCUUCAGUACUAGUUGAGGUUACUAUCACAGAUGAAAAUGAUAACCCACCUCAGUUUACAGAGGAACUGUACCAAGGGUCCAUCCUUGAGAACAGCAGGCCUGGAGAAACCAUUGUCACUCUGACGACUGCUGAUAAAGACGUGUCUGCAGAAAACAGACAGAUUGUAUGUUAUAUAACAGAUGGAGACCCAUUGGGCCAGUUCUCGGUCACAGCAGCAGGGGAGGAGUGGACAGUGAUUUCCAAAAGUCAGCUUGACCGAGAAGACAAAGACAGAUAUAACCUUAAGAUAAUCGCCACAGAUGGAAGGUUUCAAACAUCUGCUAAUGUGGAGGUCCAUGUUCUUGACCUCAAUGACAACAGUCCUUUGUGUGAGCAAUUACUUUAUACUGAGGCCAUCAUGGAGAAUUCCCCAUCGGGCUUGUUCAUCCUGAAGAUCUCUGCUUCUGACCCCGACAUUGGGACAAAUGGCCAAGUGUCAUUCACUCUUCAUGGACCUAAUGCAGACAAGUUUCAUCUUGAUUCCAGAACUGGAGAGCUGUUCACGCUUGCUGUCUUGGACCGGGAGCGGGAAACAGAAUAUGAUCUUGUUGUCAAAGCGACUGAUGGCGGUGGCCGCUCUUGUCAGGCAGACGUCACACUCAUGGUGCAAGACAUGAACGACAACCCGCCACAAUUCUCCACAAGCCAUUAUGAAAUCACGGUGUUUGACAACACAACGAUUAGGACGCCUAUAGCUGUCAUCUAUGCCAAAGACCCAGACACAGGUAUAAACUCAGAGGUGAGAUACUCUCUUCAAGGCGCCGACAGCGGCUUCUUCUCCCUAGAUGAAAUCUCAGGCAUUCUGAGACUGGAGAGAUCUCUAGCCGAUGAGAUCAAGUCCACUUAUGAGAUGAAAGUCAAAGGCACUGACCGAGGCCUCCCUCGCCACCUUUUCUCCUUCGCCACCAUUACAGUACACGUGGUCGUCCUGAGUGAUUACCAGCCAUUGUUUCUUAGCUCGGACUACUCAGUACAGAUCCCAGAAUCACUUCAGAUCGGGUCGGAGGUGAUCAGCGUGUCCGCCCUCACCAAAGAUGGCACAGAAAGUGAGCCUGUGCGAUAUACUGUCAUCUCUGGCAAUGAAGACAGCCGAUUCCAGAUAAACCCCAUGACAGGUUUGCUGGCGGUGAACUCCGCGCUGGAUUUCGAGCUCUGUCGUGAGUAUUACCUGUCAGUGGAGGGAGCAAGGGGCAAACCGUCGCUCAGUGACAUUGCCACGGUUAUCAUCAAUAUCACAGACGUCAACGACAACCCGCCUGUCUUUAACCGCAGUAGCUACAGUGCUGUGAUUGCAGAGGACAUUUCCCCUGGGGACAUGGUUCUGCAGGUAAGAGCCGUCGACCUUGAUGGGCCUCCAAAUAACUUCAUCAUCUACUCUAUUGUGAGCGGUGAUCCACAGCAGCCGUUCAGCAUCGACCCUCGCACCGGCCACGUAACGGUGCGCUCCACGCUGGACAGGGAAGAGAUAACGCACUACUCAUUAACCGUGCAAGCUGCCGAUGAAGGCGAUCCCCCUUUAUCCUCCGCCGUCCAGGUGACAGUGACCGUAUCUGACGUCAACGACAGCCCACCGAUGUUCUCGCAGAUCAAUCACAGCCUCGUCCUUCAGGAAUGGGAAGCCGGGGGCAGUGGAAUUCUGCAGCUGCUGGUAACAGACAGAGAUACGCCUCAGAACGGCCCUCCCUUCUCCUUCUAUAUUGUCUCGGGAAAUGAGGACAGGAGCUUUCACAUUGACCAAGGAGGACUGCUGUCCGUAUCCUCCCCGCUGAGGAGGAGAGGCAAGCCUCAGCAUCUGCUAAAAAUCCAGGUCACUGACAGCGGCCACCCUCCUCUGUCCUCAAUAUGCGUGGUGAAAAUCAACAUCACAGAGCAGAGCCGAUAUCCACCCACUGUGACUCCGCUAGAGGUUUUCAUCACCACCGCCGGCGGGACGUUUUCCAAACGUGUCAUCAGCAAGCUGCACGCCACGGACCAAGAUCCCCAAGACGUCCUGUCUUACAAACUGGUUUCUGAUGGCCUGGACCAAGGCCUGUUCUCUGUGGACGCAGUGGAUGGGAAGAUCGUGGUGGAGAAGAACCUGGAUCCAGGCCUGUACCACUUGAACGUGAGCGUGUCCGAUGGGAAAUUUAGCAUCUGGGCGGGAGUGAAGGUCCAUGUUUGGGCUGCCGCUCUACACGAUCUGGAUCAGGGCUUCACGUUGCAGUUGGCUGGACUUUCGGCAGAAGAGUUCGUGUCCGAUCACUGGCGAGGCCUCCAGCGAAGCCUGGGCUUGGAGCUGAACAUCCCCAGACAAGAGCUGCACAUCGCCAGCUUGCAACAGCAGCCGAACUCCGUCAACAUGGAGGUCCUUCUGGUCCGGAGAGCUCAGGACGGCUCCGUCCAGCCCGUGUCUGCUCAGCGCCUCAACGGAGUCCUUUCCACCGUAGAAGAUAUGCUGGGAUUGACCGUCUUGAGACUGAAGCAUGAUGGUUGUGUGGGGGCUGGCUGCCCACCUCGGGGUUGCAGGAACACUGUGGUGAUGAGGCAGGGGAGAAUGAGUAACUACGCCACCGCACGGGCGAACUUCAUCACCCCGCAGCACAGCUGGGAGAGCGUGUGCUCCUGCAACGAAUCUGCUGUGAGACUUGACGGCAAGGGUUAUCUGAAAUACCUCUAUCAAAUGGAAGAGAGCAAAGAAAACUUCCAUCUGUCUCUUCGACUCAAGACGUCUGCAGCGGAGGGCACAGUGAUGUCCACCAAUGCCUCUGACUGGGCAAAAUUAGAGCUGGUGGACAAGGAGCUGUGGCUCAGAUAUAGAUGUGGCAACAUGCUCCCUGCCAGUCUGCAUGUGGCCCACCACCCUUUGGCUGAUGGCCGCUGGCACCACGUCUCUCUGGAGGUCAACGGCUCAACCCUUAGACUCACCAUUGAUGCCAGCCACUCCAACGCUGUGGUUUUGCCUCAACCCUGCAGGCUCAGUCAGUCCAGUGGGGCCCUGGUGUUAGCCAGCUCCAAUCCCAGCGCAGAUGCAGAGCGCCUGGGCUUCACCGGCUGUUUGGAGAGCAUACAGUUCAACGGAGAGGCGGUGAGAGGAGAGGAGGGGAUGACAGCAACUGGCCCGCAGACCGGCAGACUCUUCGGGAUCUACCAGUGCUGCUCUGAUGUGAAGAUCUGUGCCAGCAAUCCUUGUGAGAAUGGAGGCACUUGUGUUGAAGAGCCCAGUGGAGAGUUUCGCUGUAGCUGUCCAUCGCUGUACUUUGGCUCUCGCUGUGAGAACGGCAUCCUGCCGGACGAUCCUUGUGCAUCCCAGCCAUGUGCUAAUGGUUUGUGCAUGCCAAAUAAUCAAGGGUACAUCUGCAACUGCUCUGCACAAAUGGCUGGAAACAGAUGUCAGAAUGCGUGCACUCCCAAUCCAUGUCUCGCUGGUUUCACCUGUUCAAUGGCGGGAAACUCAAUCCACUGUGAGCGCACCAACUCCCCUGCGUAUGUGGAAAUCGCAGAGAUCUGCGCAGGCAUAUUGGGGCUUGUCCUCCUCGCUGUGGCCUUUGUGUGUUUCCGAAAACACUACGUCAGCCGCAAAAAGCACAAGUCCGGCUGCGUUCAAGAUUCCAACGGCUACUUCCCAACGUUGCCCAAAAGCAUGAUGAAAGAAACCGAGAUCAGCUCUCCUAUGGAGCUCAGCACCCUGAUUGGCUUCGCAGGCGAUCUGGACAGCAGUCCUUUCUGCUCACUCAAACCUCGAGAACAGCGGGAGCUCGGCCCUCAGGUGGGCUCUCGGUCCAGGCCUCAGGGUCCUGUGAUUUGCAGCGUGGCCCCCAAUUUACCUCCUCCACCCUCCACCAGCUCUGAUAACGACUCUAUUAGGAAAAACAACUGGGAGCACGACUACGAAGUGUAUCCAGCUGAUCCUGACUACUACGGCCGACCCACGGUUCAAGAGUUCCCAAAGUUUGACAUUGUGGAAAGCACCUACUCGACGGCUGCCACAGAGUCGCGCAGGAACUCUCGCUUCGGAGGCUUCCCUUUCCCGCUGGACCGCGCCGACCGCCGCGCUCCAUUACCCCCUUGUUACAGCAAUCAGAAUUUAGAUGACUUCUUGGGGCCGGAUGGUCUGCCGCUGCCCAGCUCUCAGUGCCCUAACGAGUACACUGCCAUAAGCUACUACCCUACCCAGCACACUCGCAGCCUGGACAACGUCUCCAGCGGCUAUAAGAGGCUCAGCGUGCGUUUGAGCGUGGCACAGCCUUCAUACGCGGACGGCGACGGCUCCAAGCGGCCUGGAUCUACUAGAAGGACGUCUCGCAGUUAUGCUGGCUCAGAUAUGGUGGAGAGUGACUACGGCAGCUGCGAGGAGGUCAUGUUCUAAGAGACUGCGGUUGGAUCAAAGGUCCCGUAUGAGUGGGGUUAUAGAGAGGAAGCUCAUCUCAUACAUAUAGUAUAUGAAGCUCAACGGCUGAGAGCCACAGAAGCACUAUCAGUAUUAAUAGUCACUUUCAGGGAAA